GGCAGCUGAGUUUGUGACACCAAAUGCCCCCAAUUUCAGCGUCAAUCACUUCUUUAAUUACAUCCACACUUCUAAGUUCUCUCUCUAAUGGAUCCUUAAACCCUAGAUUUAUCUUCAGAUAUACACCGCCGGAAUCUCGGAUCAGCAUUUUUGUUGAUUUCCGAACAGUUGGCAAAAGAUCAUUUUCGGUCAUCCAAGGAAACGGUGGACUCAGAGCUUCAUCAAAUAUGUCUCGCGAUGGAGGUGACGCUGGGAAACGCGUGGCUCACUUCAAUCUGUCUCCGACGAGUGCGCUCAAGAUUCAGAAAGGAGAUAUUACUCGUUGGUUCAUCGAUGGCUCCUCCGACGCAAUAGUUAAUCCAGCAAAUCAGCUCAUGCUUGGAGGUGGUGGUGCUGAUGGAGCUAUACACCAAGCUGCGGGCCCAGAACUGCGAACAGCAUGUUAUCAUGUUCCUGAAGUUCGCCCCGGAGUGCGUUGCCCAACCGGAGAAGCAAGAAUUACCCCAGGGUUUAAAUUGCCUGCAUCUCAUGUAAUCCAUACUGUUGGGCCCAUUUAUGAUGCUAAUAGCAAUGUUGCGGCCUUCUUGAGUAACGCUUACAGGAACAGUCUGCGUGUUGCAAGAGAAAACAAUAUUCAAUAUGUCGCAUUUCCUGCCAUAUCCUGUGGUAUCUUUGGAUAUCCUUUUGAGGAAGCUGCAACUGUGGCCAUAUCUACAAUCAAGGAGCAUUGCAAUGAUAUUAAAGAGGCUCACUUCGUGCUUUUCUCGGAUGAUAUCUACAAUGUUUGGUUGAAAAAGGCUGAAGAAUUACUCCAGAACUAGCAUUUGCUUUGAGAAAUGCGAUAUCAACCUUUUAGUUAUCUACUACUUAUGGAAGCACACAAUAUUACAGGAGUAAAGACUAAAGAGAUUGUAUUUCCAAUUGGCAUCAUGGAGUUGCCUAUUCGUAUGUUUCGUUUACAGUUUCCAUUUCCUGCUUUACGAACCCAAACAUUUCCUGCUUUUUUAGGGCCGUUUACCAAACAUUUGGCAUGGAUUCCAAGGGGCGUUUUUGCGGAAUGGUUUUGGGAGAUUUAUAGAUUUCGUGUACGGAUUUGAAAUCUUUGUUGUGUUUAGGUUUUAGAAUUUGUAAUUGAAUUGAAUUUCGUUCUUUAUAAAUAAGACGAACUAUAAAUAAUUAUAAAAAUGAUAAAAUUACACUUUUAUU